AUGACAACAUUCACAGAACGGGCCUCUAGACAAUUCUCCAACCUCGUCCAGUCAUGCCCCAACUCAGCUUGUGUCAACCCCUCGUACACCCGCACAUUGCCCUUUGCAUCCCGAUCACACUUCGCUGCCCAGUUGACAACCAGGCUUCCUGCUAUGUCGUUACUCGACCUACCUACCGAGAUUAUUCAUGGCGUGUGCAAGGUACUUGGUCUGCGGGACUACGGUAACGGUAAUAUGUAUUUUCUCAACGAUGAUCUGCGUUCCUUGCGUCUGACCUGCAGGACCAUGUACAAUCGAACCAUGUAUGAUGCAGGUAUACAUUAUGCUGGUCAGUUGAAGAUCUUCUCGAUACUACCCACCGAGAUGGACAUCCGCGAUCUCCUCUCUGUCUCCCGAAUUCCCGAAUUCCGUGAUAGUAUCGCGGGACUAGAUAUCUCAGGGCCUGGCUCUUUCUCAUCGCAGAUAAGACAUAAUUCAACGGUCUGGGCUACUGUACAACUCGCUGUCGCAACUGGCGUCUCACUUGAAAGAGCUUUGUAUCCGGAAAAGGAUGUCUCGACACGUACGCAUGCAGGUCCCCGCCAGUCCAGACGCCAACGGAGUCUCUCUGCACUGAGUGGCAUCGAUCAUCUCGUCCUUUACGGAUGUAAUGAUAUACUGCAGGGUCCCGUGCUGCGGCUUUGCACUGGUUGCAACGAUAUUUUCACCAACUACUUCGCCGGCGCAACAUACAAUCAGCUCAACGGUUUGCGCAUCGCAUCGAUGUACAUCAGCGGUUCUUGGCUCCGACUUUUCAUCAAGAACCAUGCAAACACCCUCCCUCAAGUCGAACUAGAGCGCAUGGUGCUUACAGAUGGCACAUGGCGUUCAAUCGCUCGGGGCCUCGCUAAACUUCGCCAUCUCAGCGCCCUCUUUUCCUGUGGUCAGCUGUACCAAAAGCAAUCAGCUACGCUAGUGAUUCGAAUGCCAGCUGGCGUAUCUGUUCAUCCGUCCAUCUCUUUGAACGGACAUGCUCAGACUCAGCAAUUUCUGCUUGCUUGGCUCGAGCACUUUCACACUGAUCCUUGCCCGCCAUCAACAUGGGACCGUGCGCUACUUCCUCAGUAUCAUGAGGUUUGCUUCUCCAAACCAAACGAUCUGUACAUGGACAGAGACAAGUCGACCUGGCGUAAGAGAACGACACCCCUGGUAAAUCCGUACAAAACGUCCGCGAAGUAG